AUGCUACUCGGUGCGCCAGUGAGUUGGGGCAGCAAGAAGCAGCCAAGUGUUUCGUUGUCCACGACUGAAGCUGAAUACAUCGCACUCAGCUUGGCGAUUCAAGAGGGCAAGUGGAUUCAUCAUCUGCUUUGUGAGAUCGUGAUGGCUGCCAAUGAAGAAGGACCGGAACUCAUUGUUAUCGGUCAUCGGUUUCCUACCAGUAUUGGUAACCGUGACCGAUCCAAUCCGAACCGCCUGUUCAGCUUAGUAUUUACGACGUAG